UUGAUUUUGGUCUGCUGCAAGCAGAGCGCUGCCAUGGAUCUGCUGUGAUGAGCUGUAAUCGGGAUGCCCCUCAUUGUCGACAGCGUGAAGCGCGACCUGACUGCUGUCGUAGAAUGGGGAAGGCAAAAGAUGCAGGAGGGCGACUACGAGAAAGCCAGUCAGCACUUCUGCAUGGCCUUAGAACUGAGACCUGGCUUCCUGCAGGCUCUGGUUUCAAGGGGCUACUGCUACUUGGCGCUGGGGGAUGAGGAGCGUGCUCAACGAGAUUUCGCUGAUGUCAUUCAGAAGGAUGCCAGCUUCAAUCGAAAUGUUUAUGUGUUGAUAGCGCUAUCCCUGAAGCGAGCGGGCGACCUGCACAGCGCCAUUCGCUACUUGAAUCGCUGCCUUAGUCACUUCCCCAACUUCAAGCCUGCGCUGCUUGCAAGGGGAGAGUUGUGCCUCAAGGUUCAAGACUUUGAAAGGGCACGUGCAGACUUCCGGCAAGUGCUGCAGGAUGAGCCGGUGCAUUUGGUUGCCCGUCGUGGCUUGGCAGACUCGCUGCGGGGCCUGGGGAACUGCACCGAGGCGCUGCGCCAGUAUAGCCGUGCAAUCAGCGACACCUCCCAGGCCAUGGAGCGGCAGAGCCGGGAGGAGGAGGAGAGGCGCAGUGAAGACCCCGAGGGCGACGGCGACUGUGGCGAGGGCGAGGGAGAUGGCCGCGAGGACACCGUCCAGGAGCCUUUGGCCGAGCAAGAUGGCUUUCCAGACGAGCGCAGUGGUUCCAACCGCUCCUUCAAUGAGCAGUCUGGUCAGAGGCAAGACGACCAGCUCAUGGCAGACGAGCCAGAGCAGCUCAGGGCGUUCCUGGUCGAGCUUCUGAUGCGCCGUGCGUUGCUGCUGCGGCUCAUGGGAAACCUCGAUGGUGCAGGCAGCGACUUCGCAGACGUGCUGGAGCUCGAGCCGGAGGAAGGCUUGGCUCUCUUCUGGCACGGCAAGAUUCUGCUUGAGCAGCAGAGGCACCAGGAGGCAGGCUCUUACUUGCAAGCUUCCAUCCAGUAUCACGAGCCGACACAAAUGGCAGCCCAUGCCAUACUGGGGGCAUUGCUGAUGAUUCGGGCGGACCCGGACUUCGGGUUGGCGCAGCGGCACUUGAAAGAGGCAGCUCGUCUAGCUCCCGAAAGCCAGCCGGUGCGCAUCACCUUGUGGAUCUGCUCCGCCGCGGUGGCGUUGAGCAGCAAGUCGCGCGAUCCGAACAAAGCUCUGGGCCUUCUUGAUCGAGCGCUUGCUGCGUUGGAGGCUGAUGCCCGCAGCGAUCGUGACACAUCAGGUUGCCGCAGUGCUCGGGCGACUUGCAGCCAUGCGGCUGGCAGUGGCAUUUCCGCGGCUGCAGCACUAUCUGCCCGCAGCCGCAGUGCAGAAGAGGCUCGAUGGUUGGCCACCCGCGCUUUGGUGAAGAGCCAGCAGGCCUUGGCCAAAGGCGACGACCUGGAACAGGCACUGCAAUGCCGCACCUUCCUGCAGCUGGUCGCGAGAGAGCCCUCGCAGCGCGCGGCAUCGGUGCCGUCCCUGCUCUUCCAGUUGCGGGUCACUGCCUUCUGUGACCUUUGCAGAUGGGAGGAGGCGCUUGCAGAUUGCCGGCAGGCCAUGGUGGUUGAUCCGGGCGACGAGUCGACCGCAUUCACGAUGUACGUAGCUUCUGGCAUCCUGAAGUUUCAAGAUCUGAAGUUCGAGGCUGCUAUUGGCUGCUUUACCAAAGCCAUACGCAUGCAGCCUGUCAACAUGCAGGCGCGACUGCAUCGCGCCAUCGCGCUCUCGUGCGCGGCCUGGGCGCGGGGCAUGGAGGGCUCGGCCCAAGAGACGGCGCGGGUGGUGCAGCUGCUGGCGGACGCAGUGCAGGACUUGGAGGCCGUGGAGCAGCAGGCCAUGAUCAGCGGGAUCACGUCGCCCAUUGGCGCUGGCCACCUCAGGGCCGCCUGCCUCUGCAGCCUCGGGCGCCCGGACGACGCCUGGGAGGCCUUGUGUGACAGUGGGCGCCGCUGUGCCGGCCGGCGCUCCAACCUAGAAGGUCACGACCCUUGUGCACCUCGCCAGCGCGCAUUAGAGGCGGAAGUCCUGGUGCUGCUGAAACGGUACUCGGAAGCCAUUGAGGCAUGCUCAGCGGUGCUCGCCUUGAACAGCAGGGGGCAUGCAGAUGCUCGCUUGAUGCGCGGGUGGUGCCUGUCCGAGAUCGGAGAGGUCGAAGCGGCAUUCGAGGACAUCGUGGCUGCGGUGUCAUUAGCUCCUGAGCGAGCUGAUGUGCAUGAGGUCUACGGGGACAUUUGCCUGCAGUAUGGCCGUCUCUCAGAGGCGUAUCAUGCCUUUGGCAACGCCAUGAAGCUGAGCGAGCCAAUGGCGGCCAGGCUUUGCUUCAAGCGCGCUUUGGCGCAAUUGCGGGUCGGCAACCUCGGGGGUGCCGAGCACGAGCUGAGCCGGGCGGUGAAGAGGUCGCGUUCUAUGCCGUCAGCUGUCCGAGCAAAAGACGGAGUUGGCGUCCUGUCCGCCAUGCUGAAGUGCGAAUGGCGACAUGCACAUGUGCGACUCAACAUGAUGAUUCACCAAUCCUGCGGCCUCAUGUCGGCCUCGUCGACCGCUGCGGAUGGACUUCCGGUCAUAUUUCUUCCUCAUGAAUUGAUGGUGUACAGAGGGGCUGCCUCGCUUUAUCUGGGCGAUACCUCGACAGCGAUCCAGGACUUUGCCGCUGCCCUUGAGCUGGCUCGGCACUUGUUCCAGGAUGAGGCCAACUGGGAGACGGCGGAGCUGCCGGAAGAGGCGGCGUCCAGAGAAGGUUUGUUGUGCUUCGAAUGCGAGUGCACCUUCAACUUGGCAUUGUGUCAAGUACGAGCACGGGAUUAUGUCGCAGCACUGGCAAGCAUCGAGAAGCUCUGCGAUCGCCUCGAGGACCUGCCAGGCUUCGGCAGCGGCGCCUAUGGUCUUUCCUGGUUCCUGGCGGGGAUAUGUCACCUCGCCCUGGACGCGCCAGGCUCCAGCGAGACCAACGCAAAAGAGGCCUUCUCUCGCUCCUACUCCUACGAUGCCGCCUACGUGGAUGACUUCUUGAGUCGGCACGGUAGCCAGCAGAGUUCAGUGGAGGUGCCGGACGACAGGGUGCGACCCGUCGGCAGCUGUCCUCCGAUUAGCAGAGAGGGCGGCGAUGUACCUACCGUGGUAUGUUGCAUGCAGCCUCAGACGGAGCGGGAGCCGGAUCCAGAUGGCCCAGAUGCCCGUGGGACCCAAAGUUCCGGCAGAAGCAGGCGCUUGCUGAGCCCAUUGCCGCCGAUCCGCUUGAAGGUGCGGGACGUGACUAUCUGGGCUCGCCCCAGCGUCAGCUGGCCUUUCGUGCGCCCGAGCGGCUGGAAGCCUCCCACCAGCCUUGCCCGAUUAGACUUUUUACAGCAGCGCGACCCGCUGUCCAUGGCAGGACACGAGCGAUCCAGCGAGAAUCCCGAAGAUGGGGAAUUCUGAGGGGUCGACCGUCGGUCUCACCCAAAACCUGUCGGUUUCACCGGCGGCACCGCACAGACUUAGACAAUUCUACAUGGAUCUACAUGGUAGUUGAAGGUGUGA